AUGUUGAGCAUUGUCAAGAGCGUCGCAAAGCGAUCGGUGUCGGUCCGCGCCUUCUCGUCGUUGGAACGUGAUGUGCCCAACAUGAUUGAUCAAGCUGUGGGUCGCCAAGGGGAAGAAUUGAAGCUCGCUGAACAAGGUAUUGAAUUGUUCAACCGCGAUCCUAUUGCGUCGGAAGAAAACCAAGGCAACUCGAAGAAUGACCCCAUCUUGGUUCCUUCGUUUAACCACACCCGCACUGUUGGUAUCUCGCACAACGACUCCCCUUACAUCGUCUGGUUCAACUUGGAAGAAGGCAAGGUGCAUUACGUGCCCCGAUUCAACAAGUAUUUCAAGUUGGACAACAAAAACCCCAACGCCGGCCACCACCACCAUUAG